CGGAGGGGCGUGGCGGCGGCGGGCCCCGCUCCGCGGCGCGCGAGGCGGGCGGCGGUUCGCAGCCCGGCGGAUGGCGGUGGGCGCUGAGGGGACGCUGAGCCUGAUGGAGGUCGGCGGAUCCCUGCUGGAGCGGGUGGCCGUCGGCAACCCCCUCUCCCUGGUGCUGGCCGCCUCCGCCUUCGCGCUGAGCCUCGGCUACCUGUACCAGCUGGGUUACCGGCGCCACGUCGGGUCCGAGCGGAAGAAAUACCCACCUUAUAUUUCAUCAAGCAUCCCUUUCCUUGGACACGCAAUUGCAUUUGGAAAAAGUCCCAUUGAAUUUUUGGAAAAUGCUUAUGACAGGUAUGGACCUGUGUUCAGUUUCACUAUGGUUGGCAAGACAUUCACAUACUUACUGGGUAGUGAUGCUGCUGCUCUACUCUUCAAUAGUAAAAAUGAAGAUUUGAAUGCAGAGGAUGUAUACUCUCGGUUAACUACACCAGUUUUUGGCAAGGGAGUUGCUUAUGAUGUCCCUAAUACGGUGUUUUUGGAACAGAAGAAGAUGCUCAAAACGGGGCUAAAUAUUGCCCAGUUUAAACAGCAUGUAUCUGUGAUUGAGGAAGAAACAAAGGAGUAUUUCAAAGCAUGGGGAGAGAGUGGAGAAAAAAACCUGUUUGAAGCCCUUUCAGAACUUAUCAUUUUGACAGCAAGUCAUUGCUUACAUGGGAAAGAAAUAAGAAGCUUACUGAAUGAGAAGGUGGCUCAGCUGUAUGCCGAUUUGGAUGGGGGUUUUACUCAUGCUGCCUGGCUUCUGCCAGGUUGGCUACCUCUGCCCAGCUUCAGACGUCGAGACCGAGCACACAAAGAAAUAAAGAAUAUUUUCUACAAGGUUAUCCAGAAACGUCGGAAGUCUGAUGAAAAGGAGCAUGACAUGCUCCAAACUCUGCUUGAUGCUUCAUACAAGGAUGGCCGUCUGCUGACAGAUGAUGAAAUUGCUGGAAUGCUUAUUGGGUUGCUGCUAGCGGGGCAGCACACAUCCUCCACCACCAGUGCUUGGCUUGGCUUCUUCAUAGCCAGAGACAAAUCAAUACAGGACCAGUGCUAUGCUGAACAAAAAGCAGUUUGUGGGGAUGACUUGCCACCAUUAACUUAUGACCAGCUCAAGGAUCUCAGUUUGCUGGAUCGCUGUCUAAAAGAAACUUUAAGGCUUAGACCUCCUAUAAUGACCAUGAUGAGAAUGGCCAGAACUCCCCAGACUGUUGCUGGAUAUAACAUUCCCCCCGGCCAUCAGGUCUGUGUAUCUCCCACUGUUAACCACAGACUCAGGGACUCCUGGAAAGAUGCUCUAGACUUCAAGCCUGACCGGUAUCUCCAAGAUAACCCAGCAGCUGGAGAGAAAUUUGCGUAUGUUCCAUUUGGCGCUGGCCGUCAUCGCUGCAUUGGAGAAAACUUUGCUUAUGUUCAGAUUAAGACUAUUUGGUCUACUUUGCUUCGUUUGUAUGAAUUUGAUCUCAUCAAUGACUAUUUUCCGACUAUAAAUUACACAACUAUGAUACACACACCUAAUAACCCCAUUAUCAGAUAUAAGAGGAGGUCACUGUAAAUUUUGGAGCUAAAACCUUACUUAAAUUUAAGUUGUGUAAACUAACAGACUUUUGAAUAAAAUUGUGACAAAAUGAGUGGCAAAUGGAAACUCCUGCAUCUACUGCUAGGAAAGCAACAAUAAUCUACCACAUGCAAAGUCUUUGCAUCUAUUUUGUUUGUUUGCCCACACCAUUUAAUGCUGCUGUGUAUAAUUCCUUGUUCUACAAAUUUCUCAUUGCAUUUUUAAAAGAAAAAGUGUUUUUUCUAUUGGUGUAACACUGUUAAGGUGCAUGCCAACUCUUUAAGGUGAAGAAACAAGUCAUUUCUAUAAACGGAACUCUUUGCUUUUGAAAAAUAAUUGAAGAUUACUUUCCCCAGAUAAUAUGGCAUAAGACUGUGUACCGUACCUCUGUAUCCAACUACAGUAAAUUGGCCAGGGAACAGUCACAGAGGGGGAAGGUACUUGGUGGUGCUCUACUUCUGAUACCUGUGAUUCUGUUCCAAGCAAACUAGGUGUAGUCUCGGCUGAUUCUUGGAAGUGCCCACAUACAUACUUAUUUAAAAAAAGGUUACUGUACAGCUGAGUAGUAGGCAAACUACAAAAUGUCCACAGAGAAGUCUUUCUGAGAAUAAAUGAUUUAAAUGUCUAACUUGAAGCAGUUGUAAAAUGCUUUGGUUCAGAAAGGAAUGACCGAUUUUCUAAAAAUUUCUGAAAGUAAUGAUCUCUAAGAGCUUGGUGUAAGUGUGAAAGUAACAAUAUGAUGAUACAAACAUUAAUUUUGUAAAUAACAUGUUUGCGUAUAAAAUGGUCACAAACUAAGUGAAAUAGCUGAAUGUUGUCUCGCUUUGUACUGACUCAUGCAGGAUUGUUCAAUGAUGUUUGGUUCAAGAGUGGUGAUAAAUGGUAAUGAGCUCAUAGGAACUUUGAAUUAAAUUUAUAAACAAA